AUGGGGCUUUUUGAAUUUACUCUUAAACUUGCCUGUUUAGCUUCGAUGAUUUCUGUUUGUCUACAUACCCCUCACACAAUUAGUCAAUGGCCUUCAUUGCUUUAUUGGCUAUUAAUUAAUGAUAUUUUCUGUAACAACAAUAUUCUCGAUUGA